AUGUCUCGCACCGAACAGCCUGAUUCGCAGGCUACGGUUGCCACGCUAUUUGCGGGUCCGGGGAGCGCCUCAAAUUCUACUUCGUCAGUCAGCGAAAAUGUCGGUUUCCGUUUUGUCCUGGAUAGAACAGUUCAAACUCUCUCAAGCAACAGUCUUCCUGACUCUGGAUCCCUUUCCGGCCUCUUGUUUGUUCCCAAUCUUUCACCACAAGAUCCGUGCAAUUCAAUCAUCUCCCAAUACAUACCCUCCAACGUGACUCGUCACAAAGACGUGACAGACUACGGCUACCCGAUCAUCGGUCUCGCUCCGUGGGUGACGCCAGAGUGUACUCAAUCGUUUCUCUCUGCUUCACGUGAAGUAAACGCAGAGGCACUCGUUUUCUUCCAACCGUCAAGUAACGACUCAGGAAUCCCACCACCUCAUAGCGACCAGCGGUGGGAUUUACACGACGGGGACCAGUGGAGAAAGCAAAACGACUAUCCGAUCUACGCGAUCCCUGGUCCAGCCGGCGUGACUCUCAUGAACGAGCUUGCUUGGUUUUCGGAUGGAAAGCCUAAUCAAAGCAGUAGUGACAACGACACAUCAACAGAUACUUCACGCAAAGAAACAAGUCAACGGCUUUUCACAAUGCUUGACACCGAAACUUCCUCUUCUCAGCAGCCGAGCCUAUGGAACUUUGUACUCGCAAUCCUGGGUACAAUUGUUGGCUUGAGCCUCGUCCUUGUAGUAUUUUACCGCUUCCUCCAGAGGCGUCGCCGCCAAAUCCUUAUCCAGCGUAUCGAAGCUGGUCAGGUUGACGUCGAACGCUUGGCGAUGUCCGUCCUCCGCGCUCCUCGUGAGCUCGUCGAUAAAUUGCCAAUCUACACAUACACUGGCGAAGCACCUAUCGUGGUACCGGUCACUCCGAAAGAGGAGAUCAAAGAAGAAGUGCAAACCAGUGUGACCGAGGUGAAUGGCACACCGUCGCUAUCCAACAGCCCGUCCAGCAGCCCGUCCAGUAGCUCGUCCAUCAGCCCGCCAAACAGCACACGCAAGGUCACUGGCAUCCGCCGUCCGGAACCAGCAGUGAUAAAUCCUGUGACAAACGAACCUGCGCCUUCGACAAAUCAACACUGGGACUUGCAAACCUCGUGUGCGAUCUGCCUCGAUGAGUUCAUGGUUGGCUCAUCCCAGCUCCGCGAGCUGCCGUGUGGUCACGUAUUUGACCCACCCUGUAUCGAUCAGUAUUUGAUUGAGCAGAGCAGUCAGUGUCCGCUCUGCAAGAAGAGCGUCCUGCCGGUGGGAUCCCUUCAGAUCCCCGUGACCAACGCCCUGGUCCGGCAAGAGCAUGCAGCACGGAACCAGGAAUGA